AUGGCAAUUACUGAGGACAAUGCCCUCAGCAGUUUGCAUCAAUUCCUUGCUGCUACCCAGCCCCUACAGCCAUUGCAGCGCUCGCCAGAAAAAGUCCCAACCAUGGACGAUAUUAUGCAUACCGUACUACAGCAGCUGCCCUCCUUCAACACCUACCCGACACCAGUGGAUUCGAGACCAGCUGGGUCGUCGGAUAGCGACACCCCCCGAAAUCAAAGCCCUAGCAGCGACGUGGUAAAUGACACUCAACCAGCACUU